AUGAAGUACAUCCACUCAGAAGAGCUUCUGGAAGUCCCAGAGGGAGUCAAGGUCCACAUCAAGGCGAGACAUGUGACCGUUGAGGGCCCCAGAGGAAAGCUUACCAAGAACCUGAGCCACAUCGCGGUCAGCUUCUCGCAGGUCAAGCCGGGCACCAUCAAGAUUGAGAUCCACCACGGCGCGCGGAAGAACGUCGCCGCUCUGCGGACGGUCCGGACGCUGAUCAACAACCUGAUCAUCGGCGUGACCAAGGGCUUCAAGUACAAGAUGCGCUACGUGUAUGCGCAUUUCCCCAUCAACGUCAACCUGGACAAGAACAGCGAGACCGGCCUGUUUGAGGUUGAGAUCCGGAACUUUAUCGGCGAGAAGAUUGUGCGGAGAGUGGUGAUGCAGAGCGGCGUCGAGGCCAGCGUCUCGUCUAACCAGAAGGACGAGCUGGUCCUGUCGGGCAACUCGCUCGAGGCUGUGUCCCAGAGCGCGGCAGACAUCCAGCAGAUCUGCAAGGUCCGGAACAAGGAUAUCCGGAAGUUCUUGGACGGCCUGUACGUCUCUGAGAAGGGCAACAUCGUGGAGGAGUAG